AUGGCUCCUCAUUCAUCUCCGCCUCGUUUGGUAACAAUCGCUGUUAUUGGAGUUUCCGGAAAUGAACGUUUGAAAGGUUCUCAAGGUGUCGGGAAAUCUCUUCUCUGUAAUCGUUUCAUUCGCGGUGAUCACGAUGAUUUCCAUUUUGAGCACUCUUCGAUUCUGUCGCAGACGGAUUUCUCUGGCUCGGCGGUGAUCAACAACGAGCAUUGGUUGUUUUGGGGUGAACGGGAGAUCCAUCAUGAAGAUGAGACAACAAAUAUACGAUUGAUUGAACAUAGCGUUUUCCUUGACGAUGUCGAAUUCGAGCCACUAGCCGGUCCGUGUACUCCAGAGUCCUACUCGAAAAGAGUUGUUGCUCUAAAAUUGGAAAGCCGAGAUAAAUUGAUGUAUAUACAAAAGGAACAAUUUGGGCAAGAAGCUGAAUUCCCGCAACGGAUUCUCCCCGAUGGGAAAACUUCAGUCGAUGGCUUCGUUUUUGUGUUUGACGUUUCUUCAGUUUCGGGAAGAGAUCUUGGAAAGCAUAUUCAUGCUGCACAACAAAUCCUCUCGCAUGUUGUUAAAACGAAACGCCCAAUCGUGAUCGCCGCCUCGAAAUUCGACUCGUCAAGCGAUGAGGGACGAUCUCUUCUCCAAGAAACACUCCACUCUACACACCUUCGAUCUCAUCAUUUCCCAAUUAUUGAGACAUCGGCGCUGAAACGUGUGAAUGUGGACGAGGUUUUCCUGAGUGUCGCGCAAUUGGUUCUCAAAUGGAAGCAUCGAUUGAAAAUUCAACUUUUCGCCGACGCGUUCCGUGCUGUCAAUUUGCAAGCGCUAGAAGCUAGAGAGUCGUACAUCUCGAUUUUGAAAGGUUGUGUCCCUGUGGAGGAAUGGCCAUCAAGACGGCCAUCAUUCGAUCGUCUUCUCUCCGAAUUCUCGAUCAAUCGAAAUCUCGUCUAUCAACGAUUUGUACAAAUCUAUGGAUUGUUGGCAGCCAGAAAAUUGUAUGAGAGACAUGUUGAAGAGGCGAGAGAGCACUGGACAAAAGCACGCCUCCGUGCCUUGUUCCCACAACUUCCACGUGUUUUCGGCAAUCUUUUAUCAAGAAAAGAGUUGAUGUCGUUAACGUGGAGUGAAGCAAAUGAAAGAAUCCAUCAACAUCCGCUAUUCGAUGAAUUCUUCCAACCGCUUGGAGCACUAAGCAAACAGCUUGAGCCGAUUUCGAGUCCGAUCGAGAGCGGAUAUGGGACAGUGGGCUCGAUGAGAGGGGAUAAUAGAAUACCCGCUGAGAUUCUUCUCAGAGCUGAAGCGAGGGCAACUUAUGAAGAAUUUCAGCAACACGUCGAGCAAGAGCAACGCCGUGAGCGACUAGAGGAGGAUUUCGAAGCAUUACUGGCCAGCAAUUCACAAAUUUGUGCGGGUAGAUCGCUUGCCGAGGUCUCUCUUUUCCUCCAGGGAGCCUCAUCUUAUGAGGCGCUGGCUCCAGCUCAUGCCGAGCUUGUCUACAAUCGAUAUCAAGGUGAUUUGAUUAAAAGAGCUGAGGUCGAGUUCACCGAGUGUCUUCUAGAGAAUAUCGAGCUUUUUGCAGAGUUGGUCCGUCGUAGCCGUUUCGAUCGUCAACCCCGUGGGCUCAGUUAUCUACCGACAGAGAACGAGCUGGCCUUAGUGCGAACUGUGCUACAAGAUGAUACUAGAUAUCGUCAACUUUCUCGUUUGUGGGAGCUCCGCGAUGGAAUGAUCUCAACCUUUUGCUCGUUCAUCGCUCACUCUCAACCAUCACUUUGUGUCGGUAGAUCGAGAUGUCUCGAGAUGGCCCCAUUUGAUGGAUUAUUGUCCUCGUUUCUUGGGUUUGAACCGAAUUCUUUGCCAAUUGUGAGCCUAAACGUUCACGGGAAACCCCAGCAUGUCGCCCAGUUCAUCACUGAUUUAGCGUGUUUUCUUCACGGAGAACCCUUUCAAUCAUCGUGCGGUCUCGCGCGGAUUCACUGCUUUUCAGGCACUGAUGACACACCACAAGAUUUCGCGGUCACUGUUUACUUGUUAGAUGGCUCAACACCGAGUGAGUCGAUCUCUUCAAACGAGCACUUUCCACCGAUUCUCGUCGCUGUAGCCGAUCCGAGUGAUGGAAGCGAUUUGCUGGCGAUUACAUCAACAAGGAGGGAAUAUGGC